AUGCCAUCCUCGCUUCAAGUUGACGUUUAUGUUGCACCCGCUAUUCAAACCGGGACAGGUCAUGUCGACCCCUCGAAAAAUUGGUUUUCGCCAAUUUGUUGUACCCUCAUUCAAGGACCCCAAUCUGCUGUCCUUGUUGACACACCAGUAACAGGUGACCUUGCCGAAGAAUUAGCCGAAUGGGUGAAGCAAACGGCACCUGGAAAACAGCUCCGCUACAUCUACACAACCCAUGCCCAUGGCGAUCACUUUUUCGGGAAUCCAGUUCUUCUCCGCCAUUUCCCGGAGGCUGAGUGCGUGGCCACUCCUUCCGUUGCCCAGGCCAUCGCCAAGCAACUGCCCGAUGGCAUUGAUCUGUGGAAGCAAAUGUUUCCUGGUGGACAAGUACCAGAGGGUCAAUUUUCGCCGACCUCGUUGCCCCAAGGGGGCGGGUUUUUCAUCGAUGGAGUCCCUCUCUUCGGAAUUGAUGUACCCUACUCUGAUACUGAAGCGUCUUCGUUUCUUCAUGUCCCUGAGCUCAAAUUGGUAGUUUGUGGCGAUAUUGUCUACGGUGAUUGCUAUCAAUUCUUUGGCGAGGCUAGCACCUCAGAGAAAAGACAUAAGUGGCUUCAAUCGCUUGACCAGAUCGCUAGUCUAGACCCUCACAUUGUUGUUCCGGGACAUAAGCGGCCUUCGCAGGUUAAUGGGUCGUACUUGAUUUCGGCCACGAGGGAAUACAUUUUGGCUUUCGAAGCCGAGUUGAAGCGAUGUGAUGAUGCGGAGAACUUGGAAAAGAAUAUUGUCGCGCAAUAUCCCAAUCGAUUGAACAAGUUCCUUCUGGAGUGGAGUUGCAAGAGCUCUAUCAGCGAAGUAUGA